AAACCCAAAGAAGUGUGCAAAACCCCCAACACCAUUUAAUUUAUUUUUCUUUUUCUUCAAGUCUUGUCUUCUUUUGUAUAAUAAACCCUGUUUUUUAACUCAACUCAACUCAUUCACCUAUGGCUUCCUCACGCGAAGAGCCGAUCUCCAAUCCCCCAACCAACAACAACGACGACGAUGACGUGGCAGACGACGAUUACGACGAAAUCGAAGACGACGAAGAUGAAGACGAACAACAACCAAACCGAAGACCAGUAACUGAAGAAUCUCAAAUGCGUUCCGAUAGGGCUAAAAUGGAGAACUUAUUCCGUCGUUUAUCAUCCGAACAAGUACCCAUUCGUGUCCAUGACGUCAUCAUCAAAGGCAACGCUAAGACUAAGGAAUCAUUAAUCGAAGCUGAAAUAUUGCAAGCCCUAAAAAGUGCUACAACUGUUCAGGAAUUGCUUAAGGCUGCUAGUAUUGCUAAUGCGAGGCUUCAACAACUUGAUAUUUUUGAUUCUGUUAGUAUUACUCUGGAUUCGGGACCACCGGAGUUGCCUGGAACUACUAAUGUUGUUGUUGAGGUUGUUGAAAGUGAAAAUCCACUUACUGGUAGUGUUGGCGUUUUCUCCAAGCCUGAGGCUAGAACUUGGUCACUUGAAGGUUCAUUGAAGCUGAAAAACUUGUUUGGUUAUGGGGAUAUAUGGGAUGGGUCUUUGGCUUAUGGCUGGGACCUGACUUCGGAAGUUAGUGCUGGCGUGUCUCUACCCAGAUUCAAAAAAUUGAUUACCCCUGUGACAGCUCGAUUAUCUCUUCUUUCUCAAGAUUGGCUGAAGUUCUCCUCUUAUAAAGAACGAGCUUUGGGACUUUCUCUUGGCCUACUGUCAUCCAGAAGCCAUGAUUUGGCAUAUAGUCUCUCUUGGCGAACCUUGGCGGACCCAUCACAAAUGUCAUCAAGAGCAGUGAGGAGGCAGCUUGGACAUAGCUUAAUUUCAGCUCUGAAGUAUACAUUUAAAAUUGAUAGGAGAAAUUCUCCAUUCAGACCAACCCGAGGAUAUGCCUUUCUUUCGUCCUCUCAAAUUGGUGGCCUCCUACCAGAUCAUCGGGGUUUGCGCUUUCUCCGUCAGGAGUUUGACUUCCGCUACGCUUUACCUCUGGGAUUUUAUAAUGCUGCUCUCAACAUUGGAGUUUCUGCUGGUGUAACUGUCCCAUGGGGAAGUGGGUUCUUACGUCUUCCCACCUAUUUACCUGAGAAAUAUUUCCUCGGUGGGAAUUCUUCUCCAGUUUGUGCACUGGGAGGCCCAUCAUCUUUGUUGGGCUUUAAGACCAGGGGAUUGGGCCCUGCUGAACCUAGAAGGCAAGUUGCAGAAAAUUCCGCUGAUGAGAGCUCUGAUGCAUCUUCUACAAUGGAUUUUGUGGGAGGAGACCUUGCGGUUACUGCUUUUGCGGACCUUUCUUUUGAUCUACCAUUGCGGGUAUUGAGAGAAGCUGGAAUUCAUGGCCAUGCUUUUGCUUGUACCGGAAGCUUGAACAAAUUAACGGAAAAUGCGUAUAAAGAUCUAUCUUUACAGAAAUUCAAAGAAUCAUUCCGAGCUUCGGCUGGAUUUGGUGUCAUUGUACCGACCAAGCUCUUCCGAAUGGAGGUUAAUUACUGCUACAUACUGAAGCAGCAAGAGCAUGACCGAGGGAAGACUGGUGUGCAGUUCAGCUUCUCCUCAUCUUUCUAGAAACUCAACAUUGCAUGUUUUGUUCCUUUUUGUGAAUUGAUAAGGGCAUGAUUUCCUUCUGGUAAAAUUAACACAGUUUUAUCCCCCCGUUUCUCUGUUUUGUCUGAGAUGCGAAUUUAGCCAGCCCCGUGAAGUGCACUUCAGUUGCAAACUCUGGACAAUUUUCAAUCCACUGUUAACAGGCAAAUAAUCUUCGGCAAGUAUUACUAUACAUGGUUUCCUUUGGACUGGAAUUUUAAGGACAAUGGAUGCAUUGAUUUUCAUGUGGGUGAAAA